AUGACCUGCAAAUUUCGCUCCCCUGAUAAAUCAAUGUCUGCAGUUUAUCGCAACAUGGUACUACCGUUAAAGUGUUUGGCACUGUAUCCACCGGUAUCCGACGUCAAGCAUCUUCGCCAAGUCGGCCUUCAGCUGUUGAAUCUAGCCGUCAUCGUUGCGUCAAUCGUUCUAAACGGGUAUCUUCUGGUGAGCUUUUCCCUCGAGUCCGAAGUCAUCAAGCUGUGCACGGGAUCGAUUCUGCUUCAGCGAAUGCUUGACGUGUACUGUGUGUUCCGGUACGUGAUGAUCUCGGUCGUUCCGAUCUUCGCGUGGUACAACCUAGCUCGGACGCAGCGACUGCUCACAACCUUGGAAGACGUCAGCCGUGAAAUCCUGGACCUGGGCUGUCAACGCGCGUUCGGAAUUGCCGAAUCGAGUGCGUUCAUCCGCUCGGCGCAGCUGAUGUCACUGGUUCUGCCCGGAUUCUGCUACGGAACGUUUCACGUGUACAUGGAGGCUCGCGGACUCGUGGUGUACGUCCAGGUCAUGUUCCGGGCGGUGAAGAAUCUGUACUUUUGCACGUACACGCAGCUGUGGCUGCAGCCGACGCUGUUUCUGCUGCUGAUCCGAGCCAGAUAUGUGGCGCUGGGACGAGCGAUGAGGAGUCGUCUUACCACAACUCAACGCGUGCUAAACUGGGUCUGGUUCGGAUUUAACCUGACAACCUGUGUAGCGGUAUCGUUCUUCAUGCUGAAACAGCUACCGUCGGAUGACGCUAACUUCGUCCGCCGAAGUGUGAUCCGCAAAGUAACCAAUUAUUGCUACGCAAUUGUCGUUACAACGGUGGACUUUGCAGUUGCAAAUCGUAUGCGCAAGAUAUUUGACAUGAUUCAUCGGGUGGAUUGCGAGCUGCGCAGGGUGGGUCGGUGUUUUGUGAACCAUCAGCGACAUCGAACGCAAAUCGUACUCUUCAUAAGUUGUUACGGGACAUGCUGCUGCUUUGUUUCGUUGAUAUACUUUUACAUGCUGCCGAAACCGCUUGCAGUCGUGCUCUGUACCAUGCGGUACGAGAUUGGGUUGGUAGCGAUGUGUAAUCAGAUCUGCAUUAUCAUCUGGUUGGGUUGGACUCGAUUCCGGAAGCUGAACGACGUUUUAAGGAGCAAUCUGACCACAACCCAACGAGUGCUGAAUUGGAUCUCGUUCGGACUAAACUUGGUAGCAUGCGUAGUCGUUACGUUUUUCAUGCUUGACCAGCUUCCGUCGGAUGCUAACUUUGUUCGAAACAGUCUGAUCCGCAAGGUUAUCAGCUAUUGCUUCGCAAUAGCAGUGAUUGUUGUGGGAUUCACUUUGGCGGAUCAUACGCGGAGGAUAUUCGACAUGCUGCACGAGGUGGACUGUGAGGUGUGA